AUGGAGACUCAGUUUUCAAAUGGAAAAAAGGCAAUGGAAGAAGAAUUGAUGAGAGGGCGUGACAUGGCAAACCAGUUACUUGAUGCACUUGGUCAUGGUAAAUUGAACACUCAUCUUCAAGAUGAGGGUACGUCCAAGUCAGUGUUACCAUUUGUUGAAGAUCUUGUGCGCAAGGUCUUGUGCUCAUUCACAAAUACUCUUUUGCUUUUGAACUCCAAUGAAAUCACACCGUCUCUCUCAUCAUCAACCAGUUUCCCUGAGAUGGAGUCUCUGCAUGAAACCUGCAAGAGUCGCAACAUUCUCAACACUAAUAACCGAAGAAGGUGCUACAAGAGAAAAUCAAUUGCGCCAACUUGGGAGAAGGACAGCUCCAUACUGAUUGAAGAUGGCUAUGCAUGGAGAAAGUACGGACAAAAAAUGACAUUGCACGCAAAAUACCUAAGGAGCUACUACAGGUGCACUUACAAGACUGAUCAGAGAUGCUCAGCAAUGAAACAGGUGCAGAGGAUUCAAGAUGAUCCUCCUUUGUACCGAACAACCUAUUAUGGGCAUCACACUUGUCGAAGCCCUGUGAAUCCCGAGAUUAUUAUGGAACCUUUUUCUCCUUCUGCAUCUUCCACGUUACUUAGCUUUGAUAACAGCCUUCAUAGCAAACAAGAAAACCCGUUUCCUUCACCACUGCUUGCAUCAAUCAAGCGGGAGCCUCAGAAAGUGAUUCACGAUGAACAUGGUGCUCAAAACCAGUUGACUGCGUUAGAGAACCUCCUAUUAUACGAUUGUGAUAUUUCUUUUGAUUAUUCGAGGAAUGCCACUUUGCUGUCGUCGGCUGAAUCCGUUCAAUUUGAGAAUGUUUUUGAACAGUUUGGAUUUUGA